AUGAAGACAUACCGUCAUGGUACCUGGAGAUUUGCCAGCCGGGAAGCUCUAUCAAUCGAUGAACUCGACACGCUCAAAGGUCUCCUGGUUCAAAUGCAAACAUCCUUCUUCCCUUCCUUACAACAAGAGCUCGCCGAUCUGCUAGAAUCACUAGACAUAACCGAUCUCGAACAUGGAGACAUCCCAGACUCUGCCAGCGACAGCGACCAUGAAGAUGAUGAAUCAGAUACUAGCUCAUCUGAAGACACCUCUCUACUCCCGCACCUCGCUAAGCUUGCCAAUUCGAUUGUGCCACUUAUCAAAUUGAUCAGAAUAUUGUUUAACAAACUAUCCAGCACUCGAACAAACAAAGCACCAUUCACCAUCGAUACUAAAUUGAGUUCUGCUGAGAUUGCUACCGUCGAAUACGAAUUCGCGUCGCUUACUUGCAGCAUCACCCAACUUUUGAACACCUUGUUUAAAAUGUGCGAUUGUGCCUAUUCGCAGGUCUCUCAUCUUCGGCCUCCGGUUGCUUCCCCUUGCCGCCAGCCCGCCAAAACGAGUGACGACGAUCAAGUCGAGAUCGCAACCUAUCGCAACGAACAAAAAUCUUCUUGA